UGUCAUAAACGUAAAUAUGACAAUUUUUGUGUUGCAAAUUAUUGAAAAAUGAGUUGAUUAUAUAAUAAAAUUUGGCGAAAUAAAUAAAACGAAACAAUGUAUUUUCCUAUUGGUUGGCCGAAGGUAUUAAAACUACCUGAAUUAGGAAAUUCAACAAUUCGACAAGUAACAUGUAAUUUGGAUAAAAUACUUUUCGCUGUUUUAACGGAUGAUACAUUAGCCAUAUGGUUUUGCAAACCAUGUGUACCGAUUGUAUUCCAUCGACGUACACCAGAGUCCUUAGAAAAGUUAGGAUCAAAUUGUUUAGUGGAAUGGAAACCAGAUUCAAGUAUGCUUGCCGUAGCAACAUCAGAGGGGCACUUAAUAUUGUACAAAAUUGGUGUUAUUGCAGAACAACGAAGUUUGUACAUACAAACUGAUUCUCCUCAUGCAAAUUUACGAAGAGAUAGUGCCGAAUUAUUCAUUAAAGAAAUAAUACCUCCUUUACAUUUAACUUUGGGUGAAGAAACGUUAGUAUGGGAUGGUUUAAUUACAAGCAUGGUAUGCAUAACAAUGAAUGAAAUAAUGGUGGCAUCGACAAAUGGCCACAUUUUACGAUAUCGUUGGGAUGGUACUCAGAAUAGAGAUUAUUGUUUAGAUUUAAGGCGUAUACCGUUUUGUAUAAAUAAACAAGUUUCAAAAGCGGAACCAAUUGUUGAAGAAAAUGUUUAUGUUAGUGAUAUGGAAUAUUCUCCUUUAGUUGGAGGGUUCUCUGUUGCUUUGAAUGAUGGAAGAGCUGCAUUUUUGACAGCAAGCUCAUUACGCUUCGAUCCUAAUACUGUACAAGGAAUUUGGGCGCAAAAUAUAGAAGAUGCAACUUGUGCCAGUUUAAAUCAUAAAUUUCGAUUAAUAGCGUUUGGAAGAAAAAAUGCCCAAUGUAUUGUUUACACAGUCGAUGAAACAACUGGAGGAUUAGAAAUUUCUCAUGAAUGUGCGUUAAGUAGCAAAGAUUAUCCGGGAUGUCCUGGUUCAGUGAAAAAUAUUAAAUGGACACCAGACGGAUGCGCAAUGGCUGUAUCGUGGGAAAAUGGUGGUAUUGCGUUAUGGUCUACGUUUGGAGCAUUGCUUAUGUGUACAUUAGGUUGGGAUUACGGACUGAACGUUGAUCUUACGACGGCUAAUCCGCUGUUGAUUUUAAGCAUGGAUUGGUCUGCCGAAGGAUAUCAAUUAUGGAUGAUUCGAAAAGAAAUUGAAAGUACUACUUCACUUAUUCAAUUGGACUUUGUAAAAAGUGCGCUUACUGUAAAUCCCUGUAUGAGCCAACAACCACAUUUAUAUUUGCAAGGAGAUGAUAGAUUGUAUGUAAAUUUAGGAGAUAGUUUAUUAAAAAGUAAAACAAAUGAAGAUUGGAAAAAUUUUGGUGCUAAUAUUUUUCAAGAUCAUAUCGUAAAUCAAACAUUUACUACUACAUCUUCGACGUUAGCUGAAGCAAGACAAUGGCUUGUAAUAUCAAUGCCGGCUGUAUACUCUGCAACGAAUUGGCCUGUUAAAUACACUGCAAUUGACUUCGAAGGAAAUAACAUUGCGGUUAGUGGUCGAACUGGUUUAGCACAUUAUUCCUUACAAUCACGUAAAUGGAAAUUAUUUGGAAAUGAAACGCAAGAAAAAGAUUUUAUUGUUACUGGAGGACUGUUAUGGUGGCAAGAAUAUAUAAUUAUGGGAUCGUACAGUAUAUUAGAUAAUAGUGAUGAGUUACGUUUGUAUCCACGAGAUUGUAAACUUGAUAAUAAAUAUGCAAAAAUUGUUAAAAUGGCUGCACAAGUUUUACUUUUGAAUUGUUUACGUGAUCAAUUAAUUGUAUUUUGUGCGGAUGGUAUUAUUUCUGUUUUUGGAAUCAGUCAAAUUGAUACAGUUGGCAAUGUGGAAUUAACAAGAUUGCAAGCAGUCGAUGUUGGAGCAUUUUGUAUACAUCCCACAUGUGUGGUGUCAGUCGCUUUAAGUUCAUUACGAACAGAACCAGGUCGUGAUCGAACAGUACCGCCAUGUCAGAGUAUGGUUUUAAAUGUGAAUGGUCGCUUACUUAUGAUUGAUCGAGAUAGAGCAAGUCCCAAUGAUGAAAAUGGCAAUGGAAUUCUAUAUGUUUGUGGACAAGCUACAGUACUUGCAUCAAAUGUUGAAAGUGUUUGGGUACCUGGUGGUAGGACUAUUGGAACAGGUCAUAAACCACAUUUAACGGAAGCUUUAUGGCUAGCAUGUGGUGCUUUUGGAAUGAGAGUUUGGCUUCCAUUAUUUCCUAGACAAACAUCACCCCAACCACCGCAUGCCUUUAUUUCUAAACGAAUUAUGUUGCCAUUCCAAUUAAAUAUUUAUCCACUAGCUAUUUUAUUCGAAGAUGCGAUUAUUUUGGGAGCAGAAAAUGAUACUAUUUUAUAUACUUCAGAUGCAAAAUCUCCCUUUUCAUUACCAUUUUGUGUUUUGGAGCGGACGAGUCAAGUUUAUUUACAUCAAAUAUUACGGCAACUAAUUCGAAGAAAUUUGGGUUAUAAUGCUUGGGAAAUAGCCAGAAGUUGUAUGAGUUUACCAUAUUUUCCACAUUCUUUAGAAUUAUUAUUACAUGAGGUAUUAGAAGAGGAAGCAACCAGUAAAGAACCCAUUCCAGAUGCUCAACUGCCCAGUGUUAUUGAAUUUAUAUCCGAAUUUCCGGUGUAUUUACAGACUGUUGUACAGUGUGCUCGUAAAACUGAAAUUGCAUUAUGGCCAUAUUUAUUUUCAGCUGCUGGUAAACCGAAAAAAUUGUUUCAAGAAUGUAUGAAUUUAAAACAGUUAGAUACAGCUGCAAGCUAUCUUAUCAUUUUACAGAAUCUUGAAGCUUCUACUGUAAGUCGCCAAUAUGCUACGCUAUUAUUGGAUACAGCGUUAGAAAAAAGUAAAUGGGAACUAGCAAAAGAAUUAGUUCGAUUUUUACGUGCAAUUGAUCCAAAUGAUGUUGAAUCACCAAGAAACUCAUUUAUUAUUCCAUCCAAAUUAAGUAUGUCCCAACAAACUCCGCCCGUCAGCCCAAAUGCUGAAGAUUUAUCCAUAGUAUUAGGUUCAAUGCAAGUGGCACGUAAUCGUAGUUAUAGUACAACGAAUGCCCCAAGAGUAUCAACAGAUCAUACCGUGGCACAAAAGCCGGUUGUAACGACAGAUCCAUCUCCACAAUCACGAAGAAAAAAAUCGGUUCCGAUUUCAGUGAAAAAUGAACAUAAGGAAUCUACAAAUGGAUCUGCGGAAGAAUUUUUCAUUGAUGUUAUUUUACAACGUCAUGCGCGUCGAUUAUUAUCUGCGCAUCGUUUACCAGAUCUCGGAUAUUUUGCGGCACAUUUAGAUUUUCAUUUGGUCGCAUGGCUAGGUAAAGAAAGAGAUCGUGCUGCUCGCAUUGAUGAUUUUGUUAAAGCAUUGAAACAAUUACAUGAAGAUUUUGUAUGGCCAUAUCCAGAUGUUCAACAAGCAAUAAUAACAACUUCUCAACGUAAUUCCAUUAUAAAUCCAGAAUCUCCUUUAAUUGAAGACCGAAUAAAGGCUUUACGCAUCGAAACGUCUGGAAUAAUGGGUAGUCAAGUUGGCGAUAGUGGUUAUAUGAGUUUUCCAAGUGGUUUACCACAUACUGGAUUAAUAACACCGGUUUUAAGUGUGGAUACACAAUGUGCGUCAAGCGUAAUACAAGGUAGUGAAAGUGAUAUUCCUACUAGUAUACAACUUGAAGCACAAAUGUCAAAAAUGCAGCGUGAUGCAAAUAGUGUAUUAAGUGGUACUAGUUCUGUUUGGGAUGGUGAUCGUGAAGUGUUUACAAUAGGGGGCUCAACUUCAGUCGAUAGUUGGAGUGAAGUUCCAAGUGCUCAUUUAUUAGAGCAAUUAUCCCAUCAAAUUGCUAAUCGUGGUUCAAAUAAAUCAGAAGUACAAUUGAGGUAUUUAUUGCAAUUAUUUAUGGAAGCCAGUUGCUUAGAAUGGUCAUUAUUAGUUUCUGUAUUACUCCGAGAUGCUAUGGCAGUUUUGCGUACAGUAAAUGCUGCCCGAUCACCAGAUCAACCUGCUGAAGCCGUGAAACGACUACGGGAUGGAUUACAAAUGUUAUAUUAUUGGACACAUAAUGAAUGUUUGGGCUACAAACCAUUUAUGGUUGCAAUACAAAAUCAAAUAACCGUUUUGAACAAGCUCCUAGUUUCAAAACAACAAUACGAACAACAAUUAAUUGAACAACAAAAUCGUGCAAUCAUGUCUUCAAGUCAAGUAUCACCGGCAUUGAGUCGAUCACGACGUACCAGCUCGAAUCAUGAUAAUAACAGUCAAUCCGGUGGUUCUACAUCAAAUCAUCAAAAACAUCGUUUAGAUUCUGUAUCAAGUAAUGCAACUACUGCAGAUAUGAUUAAUGAUCAUCAUACACAUAAUUCAACUGCUUCACAUGAUUCGUCUCAAAAACGAUCACGUGACCAUCAUAAUAAUCAUCAUCAUCGUAUAGACGAUGAUUCAUCUUUUGGUGAAAUACAACAACAAACGGAUUCUUCAUCGUAUUCCUGUGUUAUAUCUUAGUUUCAAUAUUGUUAUUGUUAAAAAAAAACAAAUCAUUUAGGUUGUGAUCUAAACUCUAGAGACCGUAGACUCAAGAUUAUGUGGAUUGCCGAAUCCUCCAUUUAGAAUUUUACUUCAGGUGAUGCUCAUAACAUUUUCACUUGAAGGUCAGUGAAGAAAGCUACAAUGAGGUGCAAAAUAUACUCAUAAAUUCAUAAAUUUUCAGGUGGCCCAAGAAAAUUAAA